GGGUCUAAUCUAGAUAAACGACACGUCUGGCCAGGGCCCUCAGACUUUAUAAGAGCCCAGCUGCCGAAGACCAGCUCAGAAACACUGGCUCCAAACGCUUACAAAAUGAGUAGUCUGCGCUGCAAGAUCCUGCAAUUGACGGUGCUGCUGGUGCUGGCUGCUUUGCAGAUGGGAGUAGAUCACUUGGACAGCGAUGAAUGCGGCUGCGGGCGGCGGGGUUAAGAUGAGACAUCAAUAAACAAGCCAAGAGCAAUGCAUGCAA